CCCAGUGCCUGCCAACACAAUCGGACCUUGAGGGAGAGCGAGAGAAUAACAAAGAAAAGAACCUGUUUGAGGAGGCAGAGAAAGAGAAUAGCUCUUUUGCUUGUGCCUUUCACGUUGUAAGCAAGCUUUUAUGUUCAGGUUAGAAGGACUGAGUUGGCUCCCAGCCUUCUUUUCUCCUUUUCCUCAGAGAAACUAAGCAGCUGAUUCCCAGUGACCACAGUUGUUGACACCAUAAAGAUGAGAACCUGGAUUGGACCUCUUGUGGCUGGCGCUCAGCUUGCCAGUGCUUUCUAUGACACAGGACUGUUGCUGGUGGUGAAGAAUUACUACAACCAGACCAACUCUUCUUCAGUGCAUUCCAGUGAGGAGGCCCAGCAGAAAGCAAUCUCUAACUUUUACAUCAUCUACAACCUUGUUGAUGGCUUAACCCCACUGGUAUCAGCUUAUGGCCUGUCAAGGCUGGGUGACCAGAGAAAUCAGAAGAUCAGCAUCUGCGUGCCUCUGGCUGGCUACUUGCUCUCCCGGUUCCUGCUACUCCUUUUGAUCUUGUUGGCUUGGCCAAUUGAGGUGAUGUAUGGGGCUGCUGUCUUGCAUGGCUUGACUGGAGGAUUCACCACGUAUUGGGCCAGCAUCAUGGCGUUGGCCUCCCAGGGCUCAUCUGAGCGCAGAAGAUCAUUGCGUCUCAUCAGCAUUGAGCUCAUCUAUGGCAUUGCUGGUUUUGUGGGAAGCAUUGCCUCGGGACACCUCUUUGUUACAUUCCAUCUCAGUUACCAGCAUGGCAUGGUGCUGAUUUCCUGCAGCGUUGCCUUAUAUGCCUUAUGUGUCAUCUACAGUCUAUUUGUCCUCCAAGUCCCCAAGCCUGGCGUUUGUGACCCAGCUACUUCCACCCAAGUGGUCCAGCCUGACAGCAACUUGGCUGAUGAUGGGGAUUUUCGUUUCCAUAGAAUUGAGAGCUCCCCGCAUCUGGGAUCUUCCAGGCCCAUUAUUGCCAUGCUCUUUGUGGGGGCCAUCCUAUAUGACUUGGCUGUAGUUGGAGCAAUUAAUGUGCUACCGCUCUUCUUCCUCAAGAAGCCACUGAGCUGGGGACCAGAGUAUGUUGGCUAUGCCAAUGCUGCUGGCUAUGUGAUCUUUAUCACCAGCUUCCUGGGAGUGUUUGUGUUUUCCAAAUUUCUGAGAGAUACCACCAUGAUCAUGAUGGGCAUUGUCUCCUUCUCAGCUGGCAUUCUUAUUAUGGCCUUUGUGCGAUGGACAUUCCUGUUUUACAUUGCUCGUGCUGUGAUGCUCUUUGCCCUGAUUCCCUUGCCAACCAUCAGAUCUUUGUUAUCCAAACACGUUGAAGCUUCAUCUUAUGGAAAAGUGUUUGUUCUCCUGCAGUUGUCACUAGUGAUCACUGGAGUUGUGACAUCAACCGUCUAUAAUAAAAUUUACCAAAAAACCCUGGGCUGGUUCAGUGGUUUCUGCUUCCUUCUCUCAUGUGGCAUCAGUGUCCUGAGUAUUUUUCCUAUCAGUUGUGUAGCCUACAAGCUACGUGCACAAUCUGAUUUACUGGAGACUUUAGCCAACUGAAAACAGUUGUCGACCUCCGAAGCAGAUAUACAGAGCAGGUUGGAACCACCAGCCAGACUGACUGCAUGAAAGACAGCCUUGGUCUUGUUACUAAUUAUGCUGUUAGAGAUGUUCACCUUCUAGGAACUAGUGCUCACGUACUCUUUCAUGUAUAGAAAGACUAUGUUUAAACAGUGCAUGGAGAGCAACUGAAAACCACGUAUGGAGGGGCCAGGCAUGCUGUUCUUAAGUGAAGCUGCUUCAGAAUUCUCCCUAUUCUCUAUUCAGGUUGUGAUCCUUAACCUGCCCCCUUUCCAUCCACAAUCCUUCCAGUGGAUAGUCUCCUUAUUCACUUUCUAAAACAAAAUGUCCCUCCCUGGACAUCCUCAGACACACCUAUCCCCCACUUCUAGCCUGACUUUCCCAGUAGUUGGACUAGAUGGCCUUCCAACUCAUAGGAUCCUGGUUCCUGAAAUCUCAGCGCAAUAUCCAGUUUUGGAAUGAUGGGUUCGAAGACUACAUAUGCCUGUAAUGACAUUUGUACCCCAGGGAUUCAGCACUCCCGGGAGUGGCUUCACAAGACUCAGGGCCUCAAGAAAGGGAGAGAAGAGAGAAAAACAAUAAGCAGAUUUCCUUGCUGAGAAAUGAAAUAUGGCAUGAGAUAGACGUUGUGAUACUUGGGGGCAACGUGGAACCCCCCCAAACCUGUCUCAUCACCCACCAGGAUCCAUACACUAUUGGAUGUUAUUUAGUUAUUUUUAACACCAAUUCAGUUAAAAUAAAUGAAUGGGAAACUGAGAUGCUACAAAACAAAGUCACAAUCUUUAGCAGCACCUUUAGGUAUAAGGCAGCUUCUGGGCCUCUCAUAAGUAUUUGCUGAAAAGAAAAAUGGUGAGCAAACUCCACUUGUUUGGAAUUCUGCCCUCCUGCCCAGAAAAGAAAAGCUGGAUGCAACAUGGGCACACUGGGUAGUGGGUACGUGAAGGUGAUUUCAUCUAGGCGUGUUUUUUGUGAAUAGGGAAAUCCUCCCAUAGUUGCCAUUUUGUGAAUGUACCUACAACUUGCUUUCAAAAUUAAUAUAUAAUUAUCAACCUCAAAAUAUUGCCUGUUCUUGACAUAAGUGUUUCGAUAUAAUCCUCUUUAAGAGUACUUGGAGAAGGGGACUUAUCUUCCUGGCUCCAAAAUGCUCAGAGAUGAUGACUGUGGACAUGAGAUAAAGAGGCGUCUGUCACUUGGGAGAAAGACUAUGACAGAUCUAGGCAAAAUAUUAACAUGCAUAAACAUCACACUGGCACAAAUACCUCAGUUAAAGUGCUUUCCUCCCAGCUAUGGGCCAACA